UUGACGGUGCCUCCCGACAGACAUGGCUGGGCGGGUUGUUAACUUGCCGGCCCAGGCAACUGCACUCCUGCUCUUUCUCGCCUGCGUCUUCGGAUCCACCGACCCUAGGAGCAGAGAAAUUCGGGGGGCGUCGAGGAUCCCUUCCCAGUUCAGCGAGGAGGAGUGCAUGGCUAUUAAAGAGGCGCUGAAAGGUGCCAUCCAGAUUCCCACAGUGUCUUUCAGCCCUGAGAAAUCCAACACCACAGCCCUCGCUGAGUUUGGAGACUACAUUCACAAAGCCUUUCCUACAGUAUUCAACCGCAGCUUUAUCCGGCAUGAAGUCGUGGGACAGUAUAGCCACCUGUUCUCUGUCCAUGGCUCAGACCCCAGUUUGCAGCCCUACAUGCUGAUGGCUCACAUGGAUGUGGUUCCUGCCUCUGAAGAAGAAUGGGAAGUGCCCCCGUUCUCAGGCCUGGAACGUGAUGGCUUCAUCCAUGGCCGGGGCACACUGGACAACAAAAACUCCCUGAUGGCAAUCCUGCAGGCCUUGGAGCUCCUGUUGACCAGAAACUAUAGGCCCAGAAGAUCUUUCUUCAUUGCUUUGGGCCAUGAUGAGGAGGUGUAUGGGCUAAAGGGAGCUCGGCAGAUUGCAUCACUCCUACAGGCAAGGGGUGUUAAGCUGGCCUUCCUUGUGGAUGAAGGGAGUUUUAUUUUGGAAGGUUUUAUUCCAAAACUAAAGAAGCCUGUUGCCAUGAUUUCAGUCACAGUGAAGGGUAUCCUUGACCUCAUGCUGCAAGUAAACAUGACUCCGGGCCACUCUUCAGCACCCCCAAAGGAGACAAGCAUUGGCAUCCUUUCUGCUGCUGUCAGCCGACUGGAGAAGACACCAAUGCCAAACAUGUUUGGAAGUGGACCAUUGGAGAAGACAUUGAAUCUACUGGCAAAUGAGUUUUCCUUCCCUACCAAUAUAGUCCUGAAAAACCUGUGGCUAUUUCGUCCCAUUGUAAGCAGGUUACUGGAGAAGAAUCACAUAACCAAUGCACUGAUCAGAACCACUGCAGCCCCCACUAUGUUCAAUGCAGGAGUCAAGGAGAAUGUCAUCCCCCCAUUGGCUCAGGCUACAAUCAACUUCCGAAUUCACCCUUCACAGACAAUGCAUGAGGUCCUAGAACUUGUCAAGAAGACCAUGGCUGAUGACCGAAUCCAGAUGCGUGUGUUGAGAUUCACUGAUCCCGUGCCCAUCAGCCCCUCUGAUGACCAGGCCUUGGGCUACCAGCUGCUUCAACAGACCAUAAAAUCUGUCUUCCCAGAAGUCAAUAUCGUUGUGCCUGGUAUUUGUAUUGCGAAUGCAGACUGCCGACACUAUGCCAACAUCACCAACGGCAUCUACCUGUUCAACCCCGUGUUCCUGCAGCCUGAGGGCUUCAGUAGUAUCCAUGGAAUCAAUGAGAAAAUCUCAGUUCAGAGCUACCAGAACCAGGUGAAGUUCAUCUUUGAGUUAAUGCAAAAUGCUGAUACCAACACAGAGCCAGUUCCUCAUCUGCACGAACUAUGAAUCGAGGAUCCGGCUGAGUGAGGGGUGCCCAGCACUGCGCCAGGACUACCCUAAAGGGAGAGAACACUGAUACUGAUGGAAGGUUUGAUAGAAAACAUCUUGUCAUGCAGAGCUCAGCUGCCUCCUCCACUCACCAGGGAAUGAGCUCCAUGGAGAAGAGGAAGAUGAGCAGAAACUGGCCUGUUAGCCUCUGGAUGUCUGUGUUCUUCCCCUGAGUGGCAUUCACUGCCUUCUGCUCUGUCCUGCUUGUUGGCCUCUCUCUUGUUGGUUAUUUAACUAUUCCACUUUCCCAGCCUGACUUAGCAAAUGUAGAUUUUGGAAAAAUCUCAAGCAGGUUUUAUCUAGAUAGAAUGUUAAUUUAGGGUGCUUGAGCUGGACUGUCUUCUAGAAUUUCCUUUCUCCUGUCAUUUUCUCUCAGACUUUGGAGCUGCCUCUUGGCCUCUCCUUUUCUGCCUCUGCUUCCUUUCUCCAUUCUCAGGUUCAUUCCACAUCUGGAAUAAGACUCAGUCAAACUGAGACACUCUCACAAUCACAGUCAGUCAAAUAAAGGGGUUGGGGACUGUAGCAUCAGCUGCUCUCUGACAAGUGAGCAUGAGGUAGAAACUUUGAGAGAACACCAUAACUACUGGUACCAGAGGCUGGGGCCUGAAAAAGUAAGCUGCUGACCUUGGGCUCCUGGGACUUUGUUCAACCCUGUUCCUGCCACCUGCACUUGCUGCUCCACCCCAGGAAACACUAAUCCAUUGAAGCAUUUUGCUGGCACAGCCUAUGGGGCUGAGCUCCCAAGAAAGAAACUUUCACUCAAGAUCCAGCUUCCCACUGGAGCCCAGAACCAGCAGAGCCCUGGCCCUGGCGUCAUGUCCUGUUUCAGGGAAGUGAAGGGCAAUAAAGGGGGUGGUUAGAGGGUUUCUUCCCUGGUCAAGACAGGCAAGGGGAGGUAGCCUCCAUUAGAGGACAGCAGAACUCCUGUCUUCUCUCUGGACUCUAACCCUAGGCAUAUUUGAAUCUUCCCAGUAGCUGCCAGGUUGGGGGGGGCAUUGGAAAGCAGCAUUUCUUGACUCAAGGCCAAGAUCUGUGCUUUUUGGGUCACAAGGGAGUCAAGGUCACAAGAGGAGAUACAGAAACAGGACUUGAAAGACUCCAUCUUUUCCCUUCUCCAGGCCAGGACAGUCUAUGUGUACCAGGGCUUUGAUAGUACUAGGUUUCCUUGAUAACUCCUCAGUAACCCCAAUUCUCCCUCACUCCCAAAUCCUUACCUUCCUCCUGUGGAUGUGAACUGUUCCUUGCAGCUUGGGCUUAAUUGUCACUGUUAGAAACAGUGUGGGAAUUAUUCAAGCUUUUUUGCUAUUCCUGCUAAGAUUCACAUUCCUUCCCUCACUCUCCCUUUCUGGCCAAUUCAGUACUUAUUCAGUCUUUGUUGGAGGGCAAGCUUAAGAACAAAAACAAUUCUUCAUUUUUGUGCAGAGCCCUACAAAGUAGUUUUAUACACCUUAUCUCAACCCUGUAAACAUGUUACUGUUAGUCCUUCCUAACAGAUGGGUGGGCUACACAUCUAGCUGUAAACAGUUAUGGAAACCCACAUUACCUGGCUCCCAAACUCACCAUUAUUCUCUGAUCUGACUCACCACUGAAUUCUUAUUUAAUCCUCAUAGCAACUUCUGUGGUAUGUGUGUACCCCACAUUUGUAUGUUGUAAACUUAAUCAUAUAAGAAAAGUAUUCAGAGGUGGGAAACACAACCUUUAUAGGGCUAUUAGGGUUAGACAAGGCUAUCAGGGCUGAGCCCCAUCUUUGACUUACUGAUAGCUUUUUAAGAUGAGAGUUUGAGAAGACAGAUACAUUUAAAUUGAUUUGGACAUUGUACCAUGAAUACAUAUGUCAAAAUAUCACACAGUACCCCAUUAUAAGAGAAAAAGAGAGCAGAAGACAGACAAGUUAAUACAUGCAUUCCUACAUCUUGCCAUGCGAAGUCCUGUGCCAUCUCUACAGCAAAAAGACCUUUACCAAGGAGCAAACCAGUGUUCCCCACAUGAUUUUAAAGCUCCAGAGCUGUAAGCCAAAAUAAACCUCCUUUCUUUGUAACUCAACCCAGUUUGUAGUAUUGUGUUCUUGAAAACAGAAAACAGUAACACAACUCAAAUAUGCUAUUGCUCCAUUUUAUAAAUGAAGUCCCGGGCUUAAAAAUCCCAAGGUUGCCCAAGGCCAUGCAGGUAUUAAGGACAGGGUCUCUGUGAAUUCAAAGUCUAUGCUAAUAGUUCUCCCAAAAGCCCAAAGUGACAGGAUCCUCAAGGAGCAGUUGUAGAAAUAAAAGGAGGUCCUGAGUCCCCAAGUCCUGCCUCCCCCCCAAGAAACUGUGGGGUGUAGCUUACUGCUUUUUCCCCUCUAUCUGGAAUCAGUUCCCCACUCUAGCUCUGUUCCUCUGGCUGACCUCUCCUUAUUCACACCUCUCCCUGUGUCUGCUAGCACUUCCUAUUCCCAUUCUCCAGGUUCAGCUCUAUGGAGGACAAUCACAUCUCUAAUGACUACAGUGACUGGAGGGAUGUACAGCAACUUAUCCCCUUCCAUCCCACUUUCUUUUCUAGCUUCAGAAAGGAUAAGCUUUCUGCAACCCCUAAUGGGAAAAAAGGCCCUUGAGAGAGAAAGCCCUGACUCCUUCCCUGAGAGAUCACAAAUGCCAGUCAAUGGCCCUGAAGGGUCCUGGGAGGUAUGGAUCACAGCUUUAGAUAGCAUAGCUACAGUUAGACUUUUCAUAGGUGAACAAUAAAUCUGAGGCAUUCCUCCAACCCAAACCCUACCCACUUACCAAACCCUAAAUUCACCUUGAAAGAGACCCAGGAGAUGAAUGUCUACACACGUAUCUCCUGACCCUGAUGACAGAGUUCAAGCUUUCUUUUAUCUCCCUUUAUGCCUACCUAGGUGGGAAGGGGACAAAAUAUGUGUAAGCAAAGACAAUGGAGAAGGUGAGUAAAAUUGGGCUGUAGUCCUGGAUUGUGACUAUUCUUUUUAUUUCAUUUUUGUUUGUUUUGAUACAUGGUCUCACAGUGUAGCCCUGGUUGUCCUGGAACUCACUAUGUAAGCCAGGAUGGCCUCAAAUUCAUAGAGAUCCCCCUGCCUUUGCCUUCUGACUGCUGGGAUUAAAGGUGUGCACCAACACCCCUGGCUUAAUUCUACUCUUCCAAUAAGAGCUGAACAUUUCAUCAAAUGUUUUUGAAAACAUAAAUAUACAUACAUAUAUAUUAAAGAUUUAUUUAUUUACUAGGAAUAUAGUGUUCUGCCUACAUGUAUGCCUGCACACCGAAAGAAGGCACCAGACCCCAUUAUAGAUGAUGAUGUGGUUGCUGGGAAUUGAACUCAGGGUCUCUAGAAGAGCAGCCAGUACGCUUAACCUCUCCAGUCCCCAAAACAUAAAUAUUUUAAUUGAAAUAAAACAACUUAAAAUUCUUAUGUUUUGAUGUCUAACACAGUCAAUUAUGAAAAUGUUCCUUGCAUAUGUUAUUUUAGAUCGACAAAUAUAAAAUUUUCAGAAUUGUAUAAAUUGUUUAAAAAACGUUCCAGCUGGGAAAUGGUGGUGCACACCUUUAGUCACAGCACUUGAGAGGCAGAGGCAGGCAGAGCUCUAUGAGUUCAAGGCCAGCCUGGCCUGAAGAGUGAAUUCUAGGACAGCGAAGAUGAUAUAGAUAAACCCUGUCUUGAAGAACCCAUGAGUACACCAAAGCAGGGAUUGGAACUCAAAGACCAUCAAGAAAAUAGAUUUUCAAUACUACUGAUAAAUAACAUGUCACACCAGGAUCAUUGUCUGAGGGGAAGCUGUAACAAGCUUUCCUUUGUCUUGGCUAAGCAUUUCGACAACUCAGUUCUUCCCUGUACUCAGAAGCCAAGCCUGUCUCUAGUCCACAACAACACAGCCCACAAGCCUUUGGGACAAGUCAGACAUGGUUAACUUUUUCUGAAGACAGAAGGCAUACUUGCUUUGGCAAGCACACACACCAAACUUGGAAGCAAGCAAAGGUUGGUGUUCCCCCAUCCACCCUGCAAGGAUGGCAUAGGAAUUUGUAAGAUGUUCCAUAGUUUUUAAAUUAUUAUCUUUUAUUUUUAUGUGUAUAGGUGUUCCAUGUGUAUGUGUGCUUUGUACUGUGUGUAGUACCUGCAUAGGCCAGAAAAGGGCACCAGAUCCCCUGGGACUAGAAUUAUAAAAGGUUGUGAACCACAUUAUAGGUGCCGGGAAUCAAACUCUAGUCUUCUGGAAGAGCAACCAGUGUUCUUAAUCACAGAGUCAUCUCUCCGUCUUCAAAGUAAUUACAAGAUAGAACAAAAUAUAUACUAUUUUAAUUUAUUAAUUUAAAUGAAGACAUAGGGCAAGAUAGAGAAGUGUUUCCCUGGAGUCUGAUCUCUCAGGAAUGUAUACUCAGAGUUACUAGUUGUUCCAUCAACAGUGAAUAUUAAAUGUCAAGGGACAGAGUGUUUGGCAUAUCAUGGCUAUAAUAUAUGGCUCAUUCUAAAGCAAGAAGCCCAGGGUGAGUGAUUCUGUUGCCCAAGCAUAUGAGAUGAAGUCUUAUUCUAUAUGUGUUGCAGGGCCUCAUUUGGACAUGGGCCUCCAUAGUGAAGAGACUUCCAGCUCUGAGACUUCAGAGUUCAAUGAGAACUGUACAAAGAACUGAGAAAGUGUGCUAAGAUUAUAAGCAGAUAGGCAUGUGAGACCUUCAGAAAACCAAACCCUGUCAGAUUGGGCUUUGUAAGUCAGGGGAGAGAAAGAGAAGUACAGUAAAGACCCUUUUUUGGGUACUGUCUUUUGUUCCUUCUUUCUAACCCUUGUACAGAAUUUACUAUCUUCUAGGCACUAUGUGAUAUAUAAAGGUAAUGGUGAUGAUAUAAUUAGCCUAUGAAGUAAGCUGUUGCAGUGUAACAAGUGGAAAACAGAGGCAGUGAAAUGAGAAAAGAUAUAUAAAUGCAAAAGUUGUUAGUCAUUAGGGAAAAGCAAAUUAAAACUACAGUGAGAGACCACUUUAUAUCCACCAGGUUGGCUGUAAUCAAAAUAAGUGGAAAAUAACAAAUGCUGGCAAGUAUGUAGUGAAGUUGGAAGCCUUGUGCAUUCACUGGUGGGAACAGUUGGUGUUUCCUCUAAAGUUAAACAGAGAAUUACCAUAUUACCCUGCAAUUCCACUUGAAAGUAUGUGGUCAAGAGAAAUGAAAACAACAAGUGUUUAAACACCUUUUUGUCAACCCAAAAAAUGACAUCACAGAAAUUUUUGAAUAUAAAAUUUUAAUGUAUACAAUUUAAAAUAUUUACACAUCUAUCCUCGAAGACUUUGUAAUGUACACUGGGAAACAAAAUGAAUGUAAUAAAACAAGAUGUUCAUGGGCCA